CCACUUCUGUGGGCUAGGCUAGUAGGCCUGAUGGUGCUGAAGACAUUGGGCCGGAUCGAUAGCUACCUUGAGAGAGGGCUGAAUCAGUGAGCUUCUUCACCCAACAAAAUCCGAAGAGAACGAGUCCGAUAGAGACGAGAUGAUGACACGUGUAAAAACUGCUAAUCCGACACGUACUUUUUUGUAACUGCAAGUAUCUUAUCGUUCCAGAGUCUUUUGAGACGUGGCAAAAGCACGUGUCAGAAACAGCAUUAAAGGAGCGUCCACGUAUGCUCUUCAACGACACGUGUCAUUCCUGCAGAAACCAUGUAAACGUCUAUAUAAGUAACGGACUGGACUGUUAUCGCAACGAUCAUCCAUCGAAUCGUUGUUACACAGUACUUGCGAAACAAAAUGCAGAACAUCAAGGAGACAGCAGCUAACGUGGCGGCCUCAGCCAAGUCGGGCAUGGAGAAAGCCAAGGCCACGGCCCAAGAGAAGGUGGAGACGACGACGGCCCACGACCCAUUGCAGAAAGAAAUGGCAACCCAGAAGAAAGAUGAGAGGAUUAUGGAAGCAGAACUGAACAAGCAGGAGGCGCGUACACAUAACGCGGCAGUUAAACAUGGGGCUCAGACCCAUGGCCACACGGGCAUGACGACAAGUGGUGCCGGAGGGUACACGACCGGUGCACCAGGAACAACAACGUACUCUACGAGUGGGGUCCAUGGACAGGGAACCGGGGCCCACCAGAUGUCUGCCCUUCCUGGUCAUGGAACUGGACAGCCCCAUGGGCAGGUGACCGAGGGCGUGGUGGGAUCGCACCCAAUUGGGACCAACACUGGCACGGGUGGAACCACGGCUCAUAACACUGGAGUUGGCGGCACCGGUGCGACUGGCUAUGGGACUGGUGGUUCUUACAGUUGAGCUCUACAGACUUCAGUGUCAUUGUUGGAUAAGCCGAGUGUUGUAGGGGAGGCGUCUCUUGCUGGAAUUACUUGUUUCUUUUCUUUGUCCUCACCUUCGUGAGGAGGGUGUGUUGGUAUCUGUUGUUGUCACUCAUCUUAAAUAAAAGCAGUUCAAUUAUGUAA